AUGGGUCGUGCAAGAAUAACCUUCAAACGUAUUGCAAAUGAAAGAUCUCGUAGGACGACUUUCUUGCAAAGAAAGAGAGGGUUGAUGAAGAAAAUGUCUGAAUUUUCCUCCAAGUGUGGAGGUGGACACUGCUUAAUUGUGUAUGAUGAUGGCAAUGGUGAUGCUGGACCAGUGACUUGGCCUCAGAAUCCCGAAGAGGUAUAUGCCGUCAUUCAUAACUAUUAUGUGUUUCGAUCAAAGAAAGAGAGACCUCGUAACACCUAUGGUAUUGAAGACUUUAUUGAGAAUAGGAAGAACAUGAUUGAAGCUGAGAUUUCCAGAGUAAAUAAACAAAUCAACAGCAUCAAGUACCCAACAUGGGAUCCAAGUAUCAGAAACAUGGAAGAGGAGCAAUUGACGGAUUUCUGUACUCAUGUGGAUGCCAAAAUUAAAGCUUGUGACCAGAGAAUUAAUCUGUUGAAAAGCAAGCCUCAUCAUGGUGAAGCCAAUUGUAGUUUCUUGCAAGAUAUGAUACAGGCAAGUACUACCUCCUCCCAUCCUAACCUACCCAAUUUCAUGAUGCAAAACCUCUCAGAAGGCCAAAUCAUCCCAACUGCAAUCCAGGCACUUCAGAAUGGGAAGGUGGACUUUACAAAUUCAAAUAAUGGAGGUGAUGGAGUUUGCAAUCAAGAAAUCAAUGAUAUGUUGAGAAAUAUGCAACAAAGUGGUGGUGAUGAUGAUGCUUGCUUUAGUUUUGUGCCAAAUAUCAGUCAGAAAAAUGCUUCUGCUACCACUUCACUUUCAAACACCAUCUCUCAAAACCAACCUCUGCUUGAAGAUUUUACUCAACUUACUAAUUUUGAUUGGUCUUGUCUAUUUAGAGAUGAUCCUAUGUGUUCUACUAGUGAACCCCAUGAAUCUUUCUUUCGAAGUUUCUAUGCUGAGUAUCAGAAUGAACAGCAAGCAGGAGGAGCUUUACAUGGCUUUCAACCACCACUGGAUGGAUUUCAAUCAGAUUUCUAG